AUGCGUCUCCACGAGAAAUUCGGUCAUGUCCUAACAUGGACCACACUCGUCAAGGGUCUACCAUCGAUAUCCGGACAUAAUAAUGAGCCCUCAUGUCGUUUCGCACAUGACUAUUCUCAAAAGCAAAUCCUCCAAAAUCCUACUGCCUUCCUCAAUGACAUGCUAUAUUGGGAGGGCAAGUUCCAUCAGAACAACAUCUCAUACAACAGCAACAAUGGUAUUUCCUACGACGGCACUAACAUUGACUGGGUGACCGGGGAGGCAACAGUCAAGCACACGUUCAGUGCUGCUAGCAAAGAGUCCCUUCAAAUCAUGCUGUAUACCCAUGCCAUUGCGGGCUCCCCAGAAGCUGCUCGGUUCCUCUCGCCUGAGAACACUGCAGAGGCCCCCAAAAUCGCCGCAUCUAUCAUGCAGAAAAAGUUGGAGACUUAUCUCAGAUUCAACGAGACUUACCCAGGUUUCGGAGGCUUCUUGCCCUGGGUCACGGCAGAUACUCAAGAUAUGACUCCUACACCGGACUGGGUUAAUCGCGUUCCUGCUCUUGAUAACGGUGAACUUGUAUGGGCUGUAUAUGGUUUCAUUCAGGCCCUUGAGAACACGGGUAAUAAAGACUAUCGGAAACUCGCACAGAAAUGGCAGGCUUGGGUAGACUACACUAAGACUACUGCUGCUAAGAUCUUUUACAAAGGCAAUGGUCGGGUGUGUGCGGUCGUUGGCAUUACAGAUCAGUCCCUUCCCGUCAACCACUCGGAUCAGUCAUACCUAUGUGAGGGUAAAGACCUACUCGAUGACCCUUUUGAAGGCGAGAUUUUUACUUUUUGGCUACACUUCUUCGGCGGUCUGUCGACAGCCGAUAAGCAGGCGCUGUGGGAAGUUAAAAGACCCCAGUUAGUUAGCGUGGACUACGAAAUGGGCGGUUUCGGACCCAUCACUGUGCAAAAGGGGUUUUGGUUCUCCAGUCACGAAACCUGGAAAGUAAUGCAGAUGCCCUACUAUGACAUCGACAUUGUCCGUCGCGUAUUUGUGAACGCCGAGCGAGUUCGGACCUGCAAUUCAGUCGCCACGAAAUUGCCCGGCAUGUUCGCCUCAAUUAACAAUAUCACCGAUCCCUCCACCGGCGAUGUAACCGGAUAUAUCUCAAACGCCGGUAUCCCCUCCAUUUCGAACCAGACUGUCCAGGAACUAGACGUCAUUACCCCGUAUAGUGUGUUCCCGACAAUCUUGGUAGACAAGUCUGUCGGACUCGCCUGGUGGAGGAACAUGGUUGUUGCCAAGAAAAUGCAGAAUAUCUAUGGCAGCACCGAAUCCACUCGUGUUGAUGGAACAGGAGUUUCUGCACUUGUCACUUGGGACAGCAAGGUCACCACGGUAAUUGCUGUUUUGGGAGGGGUGAACGAUUUUGUCCGUCAGAAGAUGAAGGCGGAUAGCGUCUAUGAUGAGUUCGUGGACGUCGUUGAGACUGAGUACUCUCGUGUCUUCAUGCAUCUCAGUGGAGAAAACGUCGACUUCUGCCUCCCACAGGAGAUUGUUCCUGACGCAGGAUUGGUCGAUUUCACUCUUUGCGAUAGAGCCUAG